UACAAAUUAAAUCUCAUAAUUACUUACCCAAUUUAACGUUAUGACUGCACUUGAUAUAAAAUUAUUACUUGAAAAUCGUUUGUUGGGCCCAUUGCCUAUUGUGUAGAGGGCCCAUUAUAACAAAAAUUGUUUUCAAUUGUAUGACCGAUAUAAUAUGAAGUAUGAACAUCUUGACUCUUGUAGGUAUAUGGUUGUAAUUCGAUCAUUUAAUUUAAAUUUUAAACAUCUUUUAGUAUCCGCCAUCCACUGCAAUAUUGCGAUGAUAAAAAUUCCUUACAUCUAAAAUUAAAAAAAACUUGUUUAAAAAUCGGUAGAUUAAAGAUUCAAUUAUAUUUGGUGGUAAAUAUUAAAUAAACUAUUUUAAAGAAGUUAUAAAGUCUCGAUAGUCUCCUUGUCCUAACAUUGUAAAAUGUAAACUCGAAGCAAUUCUUCAUCUUUCAUAUUAUAAAGUUGUAAGUAACUAUAUUUUAUAUGUGGGUACCUUAAUUUAUUGAGAAACAAAAUGAAAACCUAUAAAAUACAAAUCAUGAUUUUUACAAGCUCCACUUAACAUAACGACCGCUAUGUAAUAAAAAAGUAAUGAAAUUUUUCGUCAUUUCAUUUUCUUAUUUACGCGCCAAAAUAUGGCGGGAACUUCGUUUAUUUUUUUAUUUUUAAGCAACGUUCUAUGGAUUUCGUGUAAAUUGAAUGGUGUUAAGGAUGACGUAAAUCCAUCCACAAGUUAUGUGUAUUGGCCAAAUGCGACUAUUCCAUUUUAUAUUAACCCGGAACAUUUUGAUUCCGAACAAACACAAUCUAUAUUGUCGUCUCUUUCCCUCUUUGCUUUCAAGACGUGUUUGAAAUUUAACCCAGUGAUGGCAGAACCAACUGAACACCAUGUUUUGGUGAUAGAAAACCCGAAUGGGAAAAGGCAAUGUGAUAUAAGUAGUGAAGCACAUUCUUUGGUGGAACCGCAUCGUAUCACCCUCGGCUACGAAUGUCUCAAACCACCACACAUAGACGCAAUUAUCAUGCGAUCUCUUGGCUUCCCUUUUGAACACAACCGGGCCAGCCGGGACGUGUUUAUAGAUGUACAGUUUGAGAAUAUUCAACCAGGGUACAUGGACCUAUUCACAAAAGACAAAAAGCUACCACCAGAGUUGAGAUCGCUAGCGUAUGAUGUAAACAGUGUUACACACUUCAGUGAGAGAGACUUUAGUAAGAAUGGACAUAAAACUAUUAUUUUUAAGGAUCGUAAUACAAAACAAAAUCGUAUCGGGCUAUCACCAACGGACAUUCGUAAAAUAGAAAUAGUAUACGGUGAAGAGUGUAGAAAACGCGAUCGUCAGGCAAAAAUAGAUUUAUGCAAGCAAUACCCAGGUGUAGUGCGUAAAAAGCGAGAUCUAGAAAAUGCUAGAAGCCUCAGAGUAAACCCAGAUAUAACACCGCCUCGAGAAAAUGUAACUAUCGUAUCUCAAAGUAUAAAAGAUUUGGGUAUAGUUAAUGAAUUGGAAAACAUCGUUCAAGACAUAUAUAAGUUGACUGCAUUGGCUCUUGAUAACGCUAGACGUAAAUAUUGUAAUGAAACGAAAGAAAUAUUACGAUCAGAUAAAAAAUCUGGUAUAGAUACCAAACCAGAUAUAUUUGGGAUUAUAGAACUGAUAACAGAAUACACUAAAAACAUAGUGGAUGAUGCUAUGGGGAAUUUGACGCAAUUCUGUGAAGAGUCAGAAUCAGUUGAUAGAUUCUUUAGAUCGAGAUGUGGGUGGUACGACAGUAAUAACAAUAGAUGUCCCCAAUAUUUUAAAUCUACGAAAUCUGGAAGGGUUAAAUAUUCAACUCAGCACAGACCGGUGUACCACCAAUCUACUAAACACAAAGGCAGAGCAGUUGUUUAUAAUUAUGAUCAUUCUGGUUUAAGAAAUGGGUCCGAAAUUAACGGCACAUAUAAUAAAAUUGGACAGAAAAGCAGUGCAACCGAUGCAAAUAGCACAGAUAUUAAAAAUAAUAGACAAAGGAGGAGUGUUGCUAGUGUAACCGAUGCAAAUAGCAGAGACAAUAAAAAUAAUAGACAAAGGAGGAGUGUUGCUAGUGUAACCGAGGCAACUACAGAUAAUAAAAAUGAUCGACAAAAGAGGAGUGUUGCCAGUGUAACCCAGGCAUCUUUAAUAGAUAAUAAAACUAAUAGACAUGAAAGAAGUGUUGCCAUUGAAACAGAUUAUGUAACAGAAGCAACUGUCAAUGCCACGGAUGAUGUAAAAGUACAGACUGAUAAUAAAAUACAGACGGCAAAUAAUUCAAAAGAUAUUUUGCGUAUGGCAACAACUGUUCAUGGUCAGAAGGGAAUUAAUUAUGCUCCAAUUAUGAGGAGAAACGCGAAAAAAUAUAGAAUGAGGACUACACGACAAGAAAUGAAAAGUCAUGAACAAAAUUUACCAAGAAAGAGGCAUAAAGCUAAAGUUUCUUAUGAAGAUCAUAACGGAAACAUGGAUGAUAUGCAAUCUGAAGAAGAGGAAAUUAGAAAUAGAGAAAGACCGCGAAAACAAAAAAUAAUAAAGGAAAGUGCUCUACCAAAGAUUGUUAAACUUUCAAAAGCGAAUAAGGAAUUUUAUAAAGAACGAAAAUGGCCUGACAGAAUAGUUAGAUAUAUUAUAGUAGAAGAUCCCAGGUACGAAACACAAGACAUGCGUGCUCGCUUGACGGAAGUCAGUGAUAUACUGAAGAACAAAACAUGUGUCCGCUUACAAGAGAUCACUGAAGAGCAAGCUGAGAGUGUAUCGGACUAUCUCGUUCUAGAUACAAGCCCGGAUUACGUGACUGGACGGGUGGGAGGGAGACAGAAUUUCGGAGUUAUCGAACUAUUUCGCGGCGGGCAACACAGACAGCACGCGGCCAUGAUGGUUAUGGCGAUGUUGGGAUUUUAUUUCGAGAUUUCCCGCCAUGAUCGAGAUAAAUACAUACGUGUGCAUAAUCGGCAUAUACGGCCAGACAAACUACACCACUUCGAGAAAAUACGCGAAGAUGCAACACUACCGUUACCGUACGACUAUUCUAGCGCGACUCACCCGGCUUGGCAGUUUUGGAGGAAACUGGGCAAAAAGGGCAUUUCUACCGUCGCUACUUAUAAGGAUUUGGACCCAGACGGCAGUACAAUGAAAAUGCUCGGCCAACACAGUGAACUACUCUCAAAAUAUGAUAUUGUAAAAAUUAACAGUGUGUACGGGAUUCGAUGUUUUAGGAGUCAAAGGAGAAUGAAGAUACGGGAAAAUGUUUAAAAUAAAUAAUUUAAUUAU